AUUGGUCAGCCGCAGUCACGUGACCAGGAAUUGGCUGCAAGUCGCCCAGUCUUCAGUUUAAUACAUCAGGGUCCCCAUACGCCUGAUUUAUCAGCAAUAUACAAUAAUAGGGCCUCGGGAUUAUUGGGAUCCUAAUAUUUCCCUUUCCCACCCCUAGGCUGGCCAAGGGGAAGCCAUGAAUUUUGAAUUUGAGAGGGAGAUCGGGUUCAUCAACAGCCAGCCAUCGCUAGCAGAGUGCCUGACGUCCUUCCCUGCUGUCCUGGAGACAUUUCAAACUUCAUCAAUCAAGGACUCGACAUUAAUUCCUCCUCCUUUUGAACAAACCAUCCCCAGCUUGAAUCCGGGCUCCGGUGGGCAGCCGAGGACUAGGAGCCAAAAACGGACAGAUAAUGGCCUGCUCCAGCAGCCUAGCCAGCAGCCUGGUCAUUUGGCUACUGAGUUCCCCUGGAUGAAGGAAAAAAAAUCAGGCAAGAAGAGCAACCAAGGAUCCCCACCAGCUCCCCUAUCAACGCCUGAGUCUGCAGGGGGGUCACCAGCAGAACCGACAGGAAUCCAGGACUCGAACAGCAGCAAUAGGAGGCUGAGGACAGCCUACACCAACACCCAACUACUGGAGCUGGAGAAGGAAUUCCACUUCAAUAAGUACCUCUGCAGACCCAGGAGAGUGGAGAUAGCUGCUCUGCUGGAUCUCACCGAGAGACAGGUCAAAGUUUGGUUCCAGAACCGCAGGAUGAAGCACAAGAGACAGACUCAGCAAAAAGACCAACAGGAUGGGGACCUGAGUUUCUCCAACUUAGAAGACUGCGACCCCAUGGAGGAUGGGGAUGAGAGCCCAGCCUACCACCAAGGACUAGAUGCCAAUGACUCUUUGAGGGAGUCAGACCCUUACAAGCCUGAGACUCCCAAGUUACCCAUCAGUCAACAGCUUCCAUCAGGGAAGGAAUCCACAUCCAGAAGCCCCCUCUACCCAACACCCACCAGUGAGACUGAGCCCAGUGCAGAGGUGGGUAGCAUGGACAAUGUCCUCUCUGAAAGCCAGGACAAUUUAUUGUCAGAGCUGACUUUAUUCCCGUCAGACUCCUGCCUACACAUUUCAGAAGGUUCCCUCAAUAGUCCUGUCCACUUCUCACAAGAAGAUAUCGACUUUCUCACUAGCACACUUUGCAGCAAGGAUCUCCACAAUUUAGAAUUUUAAUAUCCGCAUUUUUUUCAUGAUUUUUCUUGCAGAGUAUUCACCUUCAGCGCGCCGGGGUAUUAUUUAUACUAUUUAUUAUAUUUAUUGAUCCACCGCCAGCUAUUAAAUUCAAUUCAAUUUUUUUUAUUUGUUUAUUUUUUGUACUUUAGUUGUGGAUUAGAACCAUUCAGGGGGAGAAACAAAUCAGUUGAUUUGAACAUUAUUUUAGCGAUGUCUCAGGAAUCAAAAAUGUUCGUUUAGGUUAGGUAGAUAUUUUAAGUCUUAUGUUAUAUAUAUAUAUAUAUAUAUAUAUUUUCUCAGUAUUUAUUUUUAAUUUAUUAGUUUAUUUGAUAAUAAUUUAAUGGUCCUUAUUUUCACAAAGUUGUCUUUAUAAUAAUUCGUGUGCAAAAUUUUACCAUGUUAAUAAAAAUUAAAAUCUGA